UCGACCGGUCCUCAUCCUCCUCUCUGUCUCUCUCUCCUCCUCCUCUCCCUCUCUCCUUCCCUGCAGCGCUCUCCCUCUCACACUCGGUCUCCAUCAGUCUUCAUGGUUCUGAUCUCACCCCACGCCAUGCAAGCCACCCGGGCGUCCACCACCGUCAGUGUGUUUGCGGACUGCAGCAUCCCGGCCGGGCUCCGGAUAGGACCGGUACCGGGCAUCUUCAAACUGGGGAAGUACGUGACGGAUCGUAAGGAAAUUGGACCCAAGAAGAAGAUCCGCUUGGUGCGGGGAGAGUUCGUGGAUGAGUCGGGCUGUCCUGUGCCAGACUGGAUCGGAUUCAUCCGCGCCGCCAGGAAUAGCCAAGAGCAAAACCUGGAGGCUGUGUCGGAUUUACCUGGUGGACAGAUUUUCUACCGUGUGCUGAGAGAAAUCCCUGCAGGAGAGGAGCUCAGUGUUUGGUACUCCAACGCUCUGGCCCAGUGGUACGACAUCCCCACCACCGCCACUCCCACGCACGACGAGAAAGGUGAGGAGCGUUACAUCUGCUGGUACUGCUGGAGAAUUUUCAAAUACCCGAACACACUGAAGGCCCACGUUCACUUCCACUGCGCACUGAGCAACGGGCGGGGGUUUGUGAGCAGCGAGCAGGCAAGAGGCACCGAGACAUUCAGUAGGUCACCAAAGUCUGGAGACAUCCCCAACACCUCCAUCUCUCCCAGGACCAAUCACAACAACUCCUCCAUCCCAGACUCUGGGAGACGGGCGGUGUCCUCCACGUCAUUUCUAAUCAAAUCGGGACUGUCAAAGAAAAGCAGCACCGAGGAACAGGACCGGGCCCUCGACAUGAGCGUCACCGCAGCCAGGAACCAGGGGCAGCUUCUCAGCCUGGGCGCCACAUCCUCCGUGCUCAGCAGCAUGGGCUUCCACCCGGGUGUGCGCUCUGCCUUCAAGCCGACCGGCGUCUCCAAAGUCCCGGGCGCUGACGCCUCCAGAGAGGACGCCAACGGGAAGCUGAGUGGUAUGGGAUUCAACAAACUCAUUGGUAACAUGAAACCAAUCCGGAAUGUGGGCGAGACUCUGAACGGAGGAGGCAGCCAUCCUCCAAAAUGCGCACCUGCAAUUAUGGACACCACAUCCCCAAUGGUGCCAUGCACAAACGCUCUCCGGGCUUUCCCGCUGCUGCCUCACAUGGAGGAGACCUCGGCUUUUAAGCACGUGGAGAGUCGGAUGCACUCCGGCCUGUCCCCCUCCCGUUACCCCCAGGUGCCCCCUGGACUCCACUUUGAACGGUUCUCCCUCCCCCACUUUGAUGGCGUUAAGACUUAUGGUGGAGACUGUAACAUCCCACUGAUGCCCUUCACUGUCUAUAACGGGGAGCUUCUGUACAGUUCACCGUACUAUCCUCUGAAAUUCCACUUCGGAAACCUCCUCAAAUACCCGGAGUCCAUGUCCUACUUUGGUGCGCCCUCGUUGAGUCAAGACCUGGGCUCCAUCACCAACAUCGACCGGGAGAUCGCCAUGCACACUCAACAGCUGUCCGAAAUCGCGGCGGAGAAGAAUCGGACGCGGCUGGACUCGAUGCCGGCCGGUGCCUCCAGCAACGCCGGUUCUGGCAAACCGAAAAAGGGACACCUGUGUCUGUACUGCGGCAAACUGUACUCGAGAAAAUACGGGCUGAAAAUCCACAUGAGAACUCACACAGGUUACAAACCGCUCAAGUGCAAAGUGUGCUUCAGGCCCUUUGGAGACCCGAGCAACCUGAACAAGCACAUCCGCCUGCACGCGGAGGGAAACACCCCGUACAGGUGCGACUUCUGCGGCAAGGUGCUGGUGCGGAGGCGGGACCUGGAGAGGCACGUCAAGUCCAGACACCCCGGACAGACGGUGAAGAAACUGGACGACAAUAAACCCGGCGGCCUGUUCGAGGACGCGGAGCAGAAGAGCGACAAUGACAGUGACGUGGACGUGUGCUUCACUGACGACCAGAGCGACCAGGAGUCCAGCAAAAACAAUGACUGAGAUGGUUUCAGAGUCUGCCCAUUGUCUUUAAAUGGCGUCAUUUAGUCUUGUAUCAAAUCAGUUUUACAUUAGGCUACGACAUCCAACCAAAACGUCCACAUUGACCACAUUUAAUUAUAGUGGACAUGUGGCCUCCAAAUAUAUAUUUCUUUAUUUUUCAUCAGGUCUAAUUGACAAAAAAGCCCCUAACACAUUUCAGCCUGAAACUCUAAAGACUUUUACAGUCUGGUUGCUUCAGAAAAAAUAAUCUGCGACCUUUGAGUCAAGGUAAUGUUUCUCCAAUUCAAAAGAAAAACUCGGACAGUGGUGUUGCAGACAUUUUCGUUUGUUUUAAAUGCAAAUCACCAUAACUUGAUUUACUUGUAUAAAUCUGGCACUUCUAAAACCAAUAAGAACAAUGAUCCAGGUAAAAAAAAUAAAAAAUCAAGGCUGAAUUUGAGAGCUGAAAGUGAUUUCCUAUAAGUUAGAUAUAUUUUUGCAGUGUAAAAAUUUACCAGAUCUGUUUUUUGUAUGUCUCCCCCUGAGGAAGGAACUAUG